GUCCAGUCCAUCUGCAGCUCUGCGACAAACCCGUCCGAGUGAGGAGUAGCGUAGGCGCCUCUUUUACCGCCAUCCCGCCACCGCUGCCCGCCUCCAGAUCCAGCAGUUCAGCCGUCCAGUCCAUCUGCAGCUCUGCGCCUCUGCACUCUUAGACGCUGCGUCUAUGCGGCUCGCCAACCGCCCAGGCCCUCAGCCAGUCUGCCCCUCACGGCCUCACGCCUCCUUUGCUAUUCGGGUCCCCAUUUUCUCAAGACCAGCUCUGCCUCUGAGGUUUACUGUUCACUUAUGAGUCACAAGUUUUCUUCAAGCAUGAUAUUCCAUCGAAACUGAUCAUACGUGGACAACGCUUCAAAUGCUAGUUUCAUCUUCAUGGCCUCCAGAAGUCUAUUAACAAUCCUCCGCCGUCGAGGAGGCGACUUGGCCUUACCUUUGAAGUGUGCUCCUCACCUCCCACGCUCUUCUCCCUUCUCAACCGCUGCCCCUGCCUUCUCUACUGUCCUUCAACAUCAGCCUCCCGGGAAUGAUAAACGAUCAACAUGGUCCAAUGUGUUUCUUUUUGUACCGGGAGCUAUCACGUUUGGCUUGGGCACUUGGCAGAUCUUCCGAAGACAAGAAAAGGUUGAAAUGCUGGAGUACAGGCAAAAUAGAUUAGCAAUGGAACCUCUAAAGUGCAAUGAGGUUGCACUUUCAAGUGAAGAUUUGAAUUGUCUGGAGUUCAGGAAGGUGAUAUGUAGAGGGGUUUAUGAUGACAAAAAGUCAGUAUUUGUGGGGCCUCGUUCCAGAAGCAUUUCAGGGGUGACAGAAAAUGGCUACUAUAUUGUUACUCCUCUUAAGCCAGUCUCCAAUGACCCUGUCGGGAGCAGUCGAUCACCAAUUCUCGUCAAUCGAGGAUGGGUCCCACGCAGUUGGAGAGACAAGUCUCUUGAAGUAUCAGAAAAUGAUACACAGCAGCAGCCAUCUAGUGCAGUAGCACUUUCAGUUCCAGAAAAUGAAAAGAGUUCAUGGUGGAGAAUUUGGUCAAAGAAGCCCAAGUAUAUUGAGGAAAAAGUUCAACCUGUAGCAGCCAUUGUAGAAGUUGUUGGAGUUAUACGUGGAAGUGAAAAGCCUAGCAUAUUUGUUCCCGCAAAUGAUCCAAAAUCCAACCAAUGGUUUUAUGUUGACACUCCAGCAAUUGCACGUGCUUGUGGGCUUCCUGAGAACACUCUGUACAUUGAAGACAUCAAUGAUAAUGUUGAUCCUGGCAAUCCAUACCCCAUUCCAAAGGAUUCUAACACAUUAUUUCGCAGCUCUGUAAUGCCUCAAGACCAUCUUAACUAUACACUGACAUGGUAUUCUCUGUCAGCUGCUAUCACAUUCAUGGCUUUCAAAAGACUAAAUCCAAAGAAAGGGCGCAGAUAGCAAUUCCUAUGCAGGCACGUUAAUAGUUUGACUUAAAAGCGAUCAAUUAAGCAUCAACAUUCCUGUUUAUGAUAUUCCAAACCAUGACACUCAUGAAUCACAUAAGUAAUCAUUUGUUCCUUUCAAACGGAGAAGUUUUUUGUAGAAGCUGUCAGAUUCAAGAUUUUAGUACCUAUUUCCAGUCUGAAUAAACCAGUAUUACAUGCAUUGAGUUGCUGAUAUCAUCCAAAUUAUGUGGAUGUAGCCCCAGUGGAAAAGUGGAAGUGCAUUGGCGACAUACUCCUGGAUUUGCAUUUUUUGUCAAUUUUUGCCCUACUUCUGAUGAAGCAAGUUCUCUAUCAAACUUCAUGCGACUUGCACUGUUGAUUGUUAACAAAUAACAAGUGUGUUUGGUUUUAGAGAUUAAGAAGAAUGGGCAGAGGAAAAUGGCAUCUGACUUCUUAAGAAUAAUCAAAUUGAUGUUAUAAUCCCUAUUUUUUUUAAAGUUUAACAUAUCGGUGUGUUUUACAUCUUGCACGGGCUUAAUUUUUAAAGAAAAUGGUGACAUGAAUAAAAAAUUAUACGAGCAAUUGUUAAGAAAAUAUAGAAAGCUUCAUCUGUUGUUGAGGUGGAGUGGUGGGCAAUGUUAUGGUUCUUAACCAGAAGCAGAAGUAGAUAUAUGGUUCUUGGUUCUAUCACUUGUACCUAGCAGGCCACUAUAUGUUUUGUAGCUUCCAUAUAUUUAUUUCUACACCCUAAUGUAUUUGAAUAUGUUGUGGUGUGAGCUGUGUGUGCAGUGUAUUACUCGAG